GAAAAUCCCUUUGAGGACCGAGUUGAGUUGUCCGCGGCGCGCCUGAAGUGGCUAGAGUUACUUGCGCUGUAGAUGGUGUGGAAAGACGUGGAAAGUUGGAAUCUGGUAGAAAACUGGAUUUAGAAUGAAUGGAACAGCUUACCCAAACUUUGACAAUCAAGAACAUGUUCUCAAAUUAGGAGAAACCUUUGAGAAACAGCCAAAAAGUGCCUUCCAUACGGUGCGAUAUGACUUCAAGCCCGCCUCCAUAGACACUACCUGUGAGGGAGAUCUAGAGGUGGGCAAAGGAGAACAGGUCACUAUAACACUGCCUAACCUGGAGGGAUCUACUGCUCCAGUCACAGUGUUCAAAGGGUCCAAAAGGCCGUACAUGAAGGAGUGCAUUCUUAUUGUAAACCAUGAUACCGGAGAGUAUCGCCUGGAGAAGCUUAGUAGCAACAUUGCAGUUAAAAAGACAAGGGCUGAGGGCAGCAGUAAGAUCCAGUCACGUCUGGAGCAGCAGACCAAUCGGCUCAGUCAGCAGAUGAAGAGUGGCAGUGGAGGGAAAGCUUCAGCCAGCUCUAAGAGUUCCCCCCCUAAAGAGAAGAUGUCUCCUGCGUCCCCGAUGGAUGAUAUUGAGAGAGAGCUGAUGGCUGAGGCGCGAGUGAUGGAUCAGAUGAGCAGUGGCGACAGCUCCUCAGACUCUCACAGCUCCUCAUCGUCCAGCAGUGAGGACAGCUCCAGCAGCAGUGACUCGGAGGAUGAGCGCCGUCCUCCGUCAAGUGGACACGGAACGGGCUCUGCCCCCACCCAGAGCAUGCCCAUCCUCACCACUCAGGAGCGCAUGGAGGACGGGGGUGGACACCUCAUGAACACACUCAAAAAUGAUCUUCAGCUGAGUGAAUCUGGCAGUGAGAGUGACGAUGACUGAUCAAAGUGAAAUCAAGUGGAACAAUGUUUUCAGGAAUCACUCGGCCUCUAGCUCUGUAUAUCAGGAUUUUAAUUUCCACCAAACUUUAAUAAUUAAAUGUUUAUUUUUUUGUUCCAGUUUUUCGAACAUCAGUCAUUUCUGUCAACACUUAAUGCGCUGUGUGGUUGACAGAUUAAAAUCUUUAAGAUUUCCAUUUGAAUGAAAUACGAAUGAUUUAUUUUGUUAAAUGCUUCUAUGUAGAUCCUAGUUAUAUAGGGCUUUCUUACAACAUUAGUUUCAGUUUCACUGAGGAUGCUUUAGAAAGUGUUCACCUGUGCCAAAAUCAUGGGACAAAAACACUAGGGGUUUGAUAUGACUUGUUACAUGACUCUGUUUACACCUGGUUGCUUCAUGCGAGUAGUAUCUGGAUUGUAUCUUGCUAAGACUUUAGCCACAUGCGUUUACACUUGAUACAUGUGGUACACUUAAUGCUGUGCUAAAGAAGGUUGCUGUAGUUGACGAGCUUGUCUACUUGAAGCCUUUUCAGUCUUGGUUUGCUUUGUUUUCACACGGGCACAAAAUGAAAUGCACCAAAUUACGCUCCAAUAAACUACGCGAGCACAAUGUCUUCUCUGAUUGGUUAAAGCUGUAAAUACAGCAAGAAGGUUUUGUGUUAAAGACCAGCACAAAUAGUUGAAAAUAAAGUGGAAAAUUCACUGCUAUUUGCGUUGUAAAUGGAAUCGUGUGGCCACAAGCAGUGAACAGUGCACACACGGCAUUUAGUGUGUAAACUGAGUAGAGACACUGCUUAAUUAUCUGGCUAGUAAAUCAGGUUAAACUGUACCUGAACAUCCGUUUAGCUAGAAUUAAAAUAGUGUAUUUGAUAGUUAAGUCAGAUUAAGACCAGAUCACAUUCACACUACAAACAAACCGCUCUGGAGUUUGUUUAGAACCAGACCGAGGCCACCUCUUUUAGCGGUGAUCACUGAUUUCACACCUGCUGAAAUGAACCACACCAAGAAUAAAAACCAACCAGAUGCGCUGCUCUUCGCCAAAGGAAGGCGGUUGUUAGCACUAGUUCAUUAUUCUCAUCCUGUGCUUUGUUUAAAGAUUGACUCAGCUUCCUGCAGUUGGUCUGAAUGAAGUCAGGAAAAGUAUUUCAAACCAUUGCAUGGUUCAGUAGACCCAGACUUAGAAACCCUUUUUUGGUCUGACCAAACUCAAGUUCUUUGAUCUGAAACAUGGUUCACACCCUCUUUCACAGCUUAUACUUUGGUCUGGACCAAAACGUUUGAAGUCUGUGUUUACACUUGCAUUUUAAUGUGGUUUGGCCUUACCCAGAUAUAAUCCUGAUACUUAGCAGGCUAAAUAUGAUCAGGUGUAAACAGGGUCACAGUGUACGUGUUUGUUUGUUUGUUUGUUUUUAUUUAGUUUUGAAGGCCGUUUUAGCCUAAAUGACUAAGCAACAUAUCACAAAUGGUCUUAAAUUCAUGUCCAUGCAUUACUUGAAAUUGAAUGCUGCAGAGUUGUUCCAUCACAAUCCUGAACAGAAGUUUAAUUAACCUGAUUAACCAACCUGAAGCCUGCAAUACAUGACUUGUCUAUUUGUUUUAAUCAUAAAUUAUUAUUAUUCUGUGAAACUUGCUUGAGGGCACAUACAGUGCUUCGACCUGUUCAUGUGUGGUUAUUUUGAUUAAAGACGAGUAAACUGUAUAAAGUUGUUCAUUUAUAGACUGGAAUAAUGUUUUCUCCUGGUCUCCACUAUGCUCAAUCACUGCUGUGGUCUUUCUUAUCAGGUCAUGUGUUACUUAUGUUCAUUUAAUGUAGAAAAUAUUAUAUGUCAUAUAUUGUAAGAAUGUUUGUUGGGGAAUUCUACAUCAGUAUAAUUAGAAGACUAUAAUUUAUUAAGAGCCUGGGUGAUGUAAUAUUAUGAAUGUGCUUCUACAAAAAGUGCUGGAAUAUUAAAGUUGUGUGUGGAACAGUAACAA